AUGGGUGGAUCGCUCUCCAGACUCUUGUCCUUUGGAUGGUGGGCGAAGAAAGAAAUACGUAUCUUGAUUCUGGGACUUGACAACGCUGGGAAGACGACACUUCUCUAUCGCCUCAAGAUUGGCGAGGUUGUAACCACGAUACCUACAAUCGGAUUCAAUGUCGAAUCUGUCACAUAUAAGAAUCUCAAUCUCAACGUUUGGGAUCUCGGAGGACAAACGUCGAUACGCCCCUACUGGCGAUGCUACUACGCCAAUACAGCCGCCGUUAUAUUCGUCAUUGACUCGACAGAUAUUGAGCGACUAGGCACAGCGUCAGAUGAGCUAGCAGCAAUGUUAAAUGAAGAGGAACUCCGUGACGCGGCCCUUUUGGUUUUUGCAAACAAGCAGGAUCAACCAGGUGCCAAGGGCGCUGGAGAAAUUUCAGAGGCGUUGAAGUUGGGUGAACUGAGAGACAGGAAUUGGAGUAUAGUUGCUUGUUCUGCUAUUGAUGGUAAAGGCAUUGACGAAGGUAUGGAUUGGUUGGUGGUAAGUAUAUUCGCUAUUUCCUGUUUCGGGUUACGGCUGACGGGCCUACAGCAAACUGUUCAGUCAGAAAAUUCAUGA